UCAGUGUUUCUCAUCUCAAGAUAUAGUGAAUGAUUAUCUAAAUUAUGGGAAAUUACAUUCAACUGACCAUGAAUUACAUGAUUUGGAUAAUAAUAAUAAUAGCAAUCAUUUGACAAAAAACAUUGAAUUACUUUCACAGAUCAUUGUUAGAAAAUUGAUUAGCGGUUUAUGCAUAAAGUUUUCUGAAACCGAUUAUACCGAUUAUCUUAUAAGCAAAUAUGGUCUGCAAAGUGAAAACAAAAUUGGACACCACCUAGGGAUUCAAAAUCUGUUACGUGAUCUCAAAAUUGGACGAACAAACCAUUUGAAAGAUAAUAACAACGACAGAACUGAUGAAAAGCAUGACAGCGAUGGUGAUGAUGAUGACGGACAUCACGAUCAUCACCACAAUGAACAUCAAGACAAUGAUCGUCAGCAUAAACGCAACAAAAGAUUAGUUCCUAAUCAUCAAAACAAAUCGAAAACUGAGUUACAAAUAGCUGUCUGUUUUGACGAUGACUUUUAUCUUAAGAAUUUUGGAAGAAAUGGUUAUUUUACUGUAAAAGAUGUCAAAAAUCUUUGUCCUGUUUUGUUACAGCAAAUUGUUAGUCGUGUUUGCAUUGAUAGUGACCAACGAGGUGUUAGCGAUGAUAAACACAUUCAUAAUGAAUACAAAGAGACGACACCUCAUAAAUCAAAGUCUGCAUCAAAACUGACUAAUUCUGAACUUUAUGGUUAUUCAUCACUUGCUGUUCUAAUAAUUAGUUUGACGGCAAUUAUUGGCAUCUUUUUUCUACCGAUCCUAUCGAAGCAUUCAUACAACUAUGUUAUGGUUUGUUUUAUUGGUGUCUCGUUUGGUACUUUGGCUGGCGAUGCACUUCUUCAUCUCAUACCUCAUGCAUUGGGUAUACAUUCACACGAAGAACCAUCAAAUGAGACGGAUGAUGAUCACCAAAAACAUAAUCAUAGCCAUAAUGAUGGAGACAAUGUCAAUAUAAUGCUAAAUAUACCAAAUUUCUUUUGGUAUCAGUUGUGUGUUUUGGGUGCAAUCUAUGGCUUAUUUUUGUUUGAACUCAUAAUAAAUGCUAUUUACUCAGAGAAUACCGAAGAAGGACAUCACGGCCACAGUCAUACACUUAAACCUGAUUUCAAUCGAAACAUAACGACUCCCUCUGAAGGUUCUGUAACUGUUCCCACAAAGGAUUCACAAAUUCAUUUGACGUCUUAUUGUGAUUCGAGCACAACAUUAGAUACCAAUUCUGUUGGAACCGUUAAGUCUACAGAAAAUUUAACGUUAGAUAAGAUUAAACACCAAAAUGAAGUUAUACUCGAAGGAAAUUCCGUGGUAUGGGGUAUGACUCCAUUGGCAAUGAUGAUCACAUUAGGCGAUGCCAUUCAUAACUUUGGUGAUGGACUGGCCAUUGGUGUCGCUUUCACUAGUGGUUUAGCCGGUGGUAUAUCAACAUCAUUAGCUGUUUUAUGCCAUGAGAUACCACAUGAAUUAGGCGAUUUUGCAGUACUCUUAUCAACGGGAUUAUCUGUUAAAAAGGCGGCAUUUAUUAACUUUGUAUCGGCUUUGACCGCAUUUAUUGGUCUAUACAUCGGUAUUAUGUUGGGAACAGACUCACGUUCACAGAACUGGGUAUUAGCCACAUGUGCCGGCAUUUUCUUAUAUGUGGCCCUAACUAAUAUGUUACCCGAAUUGAAGCAAAAAUCCAAAACAAAUCGCCCGUAUUUAAUGAUUGCUGUGAAAAAUUUUGGUGUUUUAUUGGGUAUCGUCUUAAUGGCCAUAAUUGCUAUAUUUGAAGACAAAUUUCGUUUUGAAUGA